UGUAACCAACCAGCAUUUCAUAAGACGUUGCUUGGAAAACGGAAGUAGAGUGACGCAUUAAACUCCUGCAACGGAAUUUAAAGCUGAAAUCUGUUCCUGAAAAUCUGAGUUUCAUUCUGCGAAUUAAGAUGCUCACGUGGAAACUUAUUACCUGGAAAGGUGUUGACUAGUUGUCAAGGUCACGGUCAUCUAGUGCCCACGUAGAGCGACGUGCUGUGUUGGAGUAAAUGUUUUCACUGUUGUUGUAUGUGAAGGAAGAAAACAGGUUAAGAUCAGCUGCUGCAGACUGAGGAGCGCACAGGCUGGCAGCAUCUUCUGAAACAUCAUGGCUCCACACCCUGUAAUCCAGGCCAUCAUUGACUUCACAGCGGGAGCAAUAGGCGGUACGGCUUGUGUGCUGAGCGGUCAGCCGUUUGACACCACGAAGGUGAAGAUGCAGACGUUCCCCACCAUGUACCGCGGAUUCAUCCACUGCUUCAUUUCAACCUUCAGACAGAUGGGACUCCGUGGUCUCUACAAAGGCACGACCCCGGCCCUUAUAGCCAACAUCAGUGAGAACGCCGUGCUCUUCUUGAGUUACGGCCUCUGCCAGGACGCAGUCCGCCUCAUGGCCAGGAUGGAUAAAGGGACAGAACUCAGUGACAUACAGAAGGCAUCAGCAGGGUCUUUAGCCUCCAUCUUCUCUGCCAUGGCCUUAUGCCCCACCGAGCUGGUGAAGUGUCGCCUGCAGGCCAUGCACGAAAUGGAAGCAACUGGCAAGAUUGCGAGCGGGCAGAGGAGCUCAGUGUGGACAGUAGUGAAGACGGUCUUGAAGACGAAUGGUCCCCUGGGUUUCUACCAAGGACUGACAUCUACCAUCGUAAGGGAGGUGCCAGGUUACUUCUGCUUCUUUGGGGCCUAUGAACUGUGUCGAUCUACAUUUGCGCAGUACAUGGGCACAGACAAGGAGGGUAUAGGUAUUCUUCCACUCAUGUUCAGCGGAGGAUUUGGGGGAGCUUGUCUUUGGUUGACGGUCUAUCCCAUAGACUGCGUGAAGUCCAGGAUCCAGGUCUACUCCUUAGCUGGGAGGCAAGAGGGCUUCAUGAAAACCGUCACGAGUAUCAUCCGCACUGAAGGGUUCACUGCUCUGUACUCAGGCCUGACUCCUACCAUGAUACGCACCUUCCCUGCCAACGGAGCCCUCUUCCUGGCUUAUGAGUUCAGUCGCAAGUCUAUGAUGGAGACAGAGGAAGCUGGAGUACCCAAAAAGAUCCCAUACAAAAACUCAGGGAGACUGGGAUGUUUCGGUUGGCUGUUGGUCCUCGUAUCCCUCCUCUUUAUAAUAGCAACCUUCCCGCUUGCAAUAUUUAUGUGUGUGAAGAUAGUGAAUGAAUACGAGAGAGCCGUGAUUUUCAGACUCGGCCGGAUCACAGACAGGAAGCCUAAAGGGCCAGGACUUUUCUUUGUUCUGCCCUGCACUGAUAACUUUGUGAAAGUGGAUCUGAGAACUGUGUCCUUUGACAUCCCUCCACAAGAGAUCCUCACCAAAGACUCAGUGACAGUGUCUGUGGAUGGCGUGGUGUACUUUCGCAUACACUGCCCGAUCUCAUCUGUGGCCAAUGUGUCCAGCGCACACUCGUCUACUCGCCUGCUGGCUCAAACCACCCUGAGGAAUGUGCUCGGUACCAAGAACCUUGCAGAGCUGUUGUCUGACAGAGAGGGCAUCUCAGUCAGCAUGCAGGAAGCUCUGGAUGAAGCCACUGAUCCGUGGGGUAUUAAGGUGGAGCGUGUGGAGAUCAAGGAUGUGAAGUUGCCUCAGCAGCUGCAGAGAGCCAUGGCAGCGGAGGCAGAAGCCAGCCGGGAGGCCAGAGCGAAGAUCAUUGCUGCAGAGGGAGAGAUGAAGGCCUCCCGGGCUCUGAAAGAAGCCUCUCUGGUGAUCGCUGAAUCACCCUCUGGCCUCCAGCUGCGAUACCUUCAGACGCUCAACACCAUCGCAGCAGAGAAGAACUCAACCAUCAUCUUCCCUCUGCCCAUAGAUAUGAUGCAGAAUUUCAUGCAGAGGAAGUGAUGAA